AUGGACGAAGAAGAAAGGCCAUUAGAUCGAUCACCAUACUAUGUCACACAUUCUGAGCACCUCGAUCGUGUCCUCAGCAGGCCUCAACUUGCAGGCAUUGGCAUUUCUGGCUGCAUUGGCGGAGGCAUCUUUAUUACUUCUGGGGCCCUGAUAUCUACGACGGGAUCGCUAGGAGCUGCUAUCAGCUAUGCCGUCGCGGGAGGAAUCAUCGCUUGCGUCAUGUACACGCUCACAGAAAUGGUAACAUGUAGACCAUUAACUGGAAGUCUCAUCGACCUUCCUCACACUUUCUUGGAUCCUGCAUGCGGGUUUGCAGUUGCAUUCAUGUACGGAUUGGGUAAGAUUUUCGCCAUGGCUACACUUACAGCGCACUCGGCAGAGCUCACUGCUCUUUUGAAGAGCGAUCCCAAACCACACUCUAUAGGUGCAGAAACGGCCAUAAACAUUGCUUUCAUUGCGUUGACAACUUUCUCCCAUUGCCUUGGCGUCAAGCUUUACGGCAAAAUUGAACGAGUAGUCAUGUGGUUCAAGAUAAGCUUGCUUGUGCUUGUGUGCGUGAUGAUGAUGGUGAUCAACCUUGGAGGUGGCGGUCCAAGGGAAGGAAAGUACUACGGAAACUAUACAACCCAUGCGUUUACUCCCGAUUGGAAACCGAUUGGACACAAUAGUACGACUGCCGAUCCUCUAGCACUAAGAGGCGUCUCAGAUUAUGCUUAUGGAAUUCCUGGGACUGGAGGUGUCCUAUUUUCAUUUAUCACUUCAAUCACACUUGCCAUGUUCUCUUGCUUCGGAACAGAUCUCGUCGCAAUGACUGCAGGAGAGGCGAAGAACCCCUGGAAGGAUGUGCCAAUCACGAUGUCCUUUGUAUACCUUGUUCCCCUCAGCAUAUAUCCUUUUGCCAUCUUCGCUGCUGGAUCGAACGUCAACUACGCGAAUCCGGAUCUACCCAAGAUAUGGGCGAGAGGUGGAGGCGCUACGAAAUCAGCCUUUGUCAUUGCGGCCCAAGAAUCCUCACUCCAUGGACUGCCAAGGGCACUGAACGCGCUCUUCAUAGUAUCGGCAUAUACGACUGCAAAUACCGACCUGUAUGCAGCUUCGAGAAGCGUCUUCAUGCUGUCACAACAAUAUCUGCCGCACAAAAUCGCCAACAUAUUUGGUCGGACGAACAAUGGCCAUACUCCACUGGCGGCCAUUCUGCUAUGCUCAGCCCUGGGAUUCAUAUCACUCAUUGGCUUAACCGACAAAUCGGGCUCACAACCACGUAUUACGCUGUCUGAGCUCUACACAGGGACAGCAACAUGCAUCAACCUCUGCCUCUGUAUAACCUUUUUGCGCUUCAAAGCCGGCCUUGACCGUCUAGCCAAGCGAAAGAUUUUCGGCAGAAACCACCCACUGUACAAAUCCCGACUCUUCAAGUCGCGCUGGCAGCCUCUGCCAGCCUACAUUGGCAUCGUCGGCAGCGCAUGCGUAAUCCUCUGGUCCGGCAUCCCCCCCUUCGUCAUCCUCGUCACAAAAAGCAACCUCAGAUCGACCGAAAGCCUCAAAUCAACAAUCAGCCUCGCCUUCGACGUGCUAGGCGCCUACAUUGGCCCCGUUCUCUUCGCCUCGCUCUACCUCUUCUACAAAUACAUCUACCCACGCACCUCGGCCGUUGACAUGCGCAAUCUCACCGUCGAAGACUACGUCCUCCAAGACCUCUCGUACAUUGAGCUCGAAGGGCCCGAAUCCGUCCCGCAUAUCCCGCGGCCCCGCUUCGACUCGUACGAGAUGGACGGGCAGAACGAUGGCGUUGCGAGUCCCGUAAAUGCAAUGUUCCAGGAUCCGUUCAAGGAAGAGGGCACGUGGAAUGUUAAUGUUAGUCCGAAUCCCGAUUCGGAUAUGCAGGAGGAGAUGGAGGCCGAGGCGGCGCGCAGGAAUGAGAGAGCGAGGAUUAGACAGAUUUUAGAGCGCAGGCCAAUGAGGAUGGGGCGUGGGUUUUGGAGGGAGGUGUGGAGUUUUGUCAAGACGGAUAAGGAGGAGUGA